GGAAGAGGCGGCGGGGCCGGAAGCGGACGGCGGCGACGUGGGCAGCGGCGGAGCGGCGGCGCGGCGCGGGGGGCUCCCGGCGGCAUGGAGGGGCUGUACCAGCACACCAACAAGCAAGUCCAUGAGGUCCAGUCUUACAUGGGGCGCCUGGAGACUUCAGACAAAGAGUCAGUGCACUUGGUAGAAAAUGAAAUUCAGGCCAGAAUAGACAAUAUCUUCAGCAACUUGGAACGUCUGGAAAUCCUGUCCAGCAAAGAACCUCCCAAUAAGCGACAGAAUGCUAAACUCCGAGUUGACCAGCUCAAGUAUGAUGUUCAGCACCUGCAGACAGCUCUGAGGAACUUCCAGCAUCGCCGUUACAUCCGGGAGCAGCAGGAGCGACAGCGAGAGGAGUUGCUUGCACGUACAUUCACUACGAAUGACUCUGACACCACCAUACCGAUCGACGAAACAUUACAGUUUAAUGAAUCCCUCCAGAAUGCCCAUCGUGGCAUGGAUGAUCUUAUUGGCAGUGGGACCAACAUCCUUCAGGGCCUGAGGGACCAGAGAGUGACAUUAAAGGGUACUCAUAAGAAGAUCCUGGAUGUGGCCAACAUGUUGGGCUUAUCCAACACAGUGAUGAGGCUGAUUGAGAAGCGAGCCUUCCAAGAUAAAUACUUCAUGAUUGGGGGAAUGAUUCUGACUUGUGUCAUUAUGUUUCUCGUCAUGCAGUAUCUGACAUGAGCUACUGAACUGUAUUAUCAGAGGCAAUGGUCUUUUGGAGCAAGAUGGACUGUCCUCCAAAGUGUACUUUCCUUUGAGUGCUGCUUUGGAUAAGCCCCUCCUGUGAACUCCAGUGUUCACAAAUCACACUCAUGCAGGAAGCACACAGGGAAACAAAUUUCUCUGGGAACACUGUAGUUGAGAAUGGCCCUAUAAAAAAUUACCCCAUCCCCUCCUGCUCUCACCUCAUUGUCUGCAAGUUUAAGAGUCUGUUAAGUAGGAAGCAGCAGUGAAAACUUUACCCAGCUGUAUUGCAAGGUAGGAGUGUCCUUUGGAUAGGGAUAGGUAGGGAUAAGAGGAUUCAAAGGCAGAGCAUAAGAUGUAAUGAGCCUUUCCUGUACUAGCUAGAAGGGACCCUGAUCACUGUAUUUUGCCAUGAAAGAAUGCCCCUGAGGAGAAUUUGCACCAAUUGUAGCACACUCCUGGGGAGCCAGUGUGCGGAAAGAUGGGAAGUAAAGGAUUCCCAUCUGCAGACUCACCAUUUUGCUUGCAGGGAGAUGGAUUUGUGGGGAAGGGUUUUAAAGCACGGUUAUAACCUCAGCUAACUUUUUUGUUUAUACAUACAGUAUUAACCAGCACAAGUAUUGCUGUUUUAGGCUGAAACGCUUCUCCUCUGAGGUAUGUUUUGGUACCUUUUUAUGCCCUGCAGCUUCCCAGUGGAAGCUGAAUGCUGUACUGCCUGCUUUCAGCUAGAUGCACAUCAAGCCUGUGUCAUCCCACUGUGCCUAGUACCAAAUAUAACCUCUAAGACAUUUCUAAUGCUAGUGCACAUCA